AAAGAAGAAGAAGAUGUUUUCUGAUGUUUUAUUAGCCUCAAGUGUGUGAUUUGAAGAGUUGCAUUUAGGCAUACUUUAAUAGUAAAGGUUCUAUAUAUCGCUCGGACUCGCGCCUUUCGUUGUUCAGAUGUCUGUGGACAGAUAAUGGGGAUGUGAUCGGCCAGUGCGUUUGGAGAGGUAGAGAGUUAUUGGCCAAUUUGCAAUGCUAAAACUGACAGCUGUAAUCAGCUAGCUGUUCAUGUAAACUCAUGCUGUGCACUUAGAAAGGACAUCGCGCCCGAAACCUUCAGCAAAUGUGACCUGUGCUACCAAGACUAGGCGAGAGCCUGCUUUGCCACAGCAAGUUAGGUCACUUUCAUAGCUGCUUUUGCCAUUUUUUUUCUUCAGGAAUUAAGAUAAGUUACUUUGCCAUUGUUACUUGACCACCUGUAAUUGAAUGUUGCAGGUUAAAUUAACACCCGUUCCCAGUAACCCGUGAUCAGACGUGGAUCAAUUAUUUUAGGGUCUCGGAUUGUUAGAAAACAAAUUUAACAGCUCUGGUUCAUAGUUUUACACCGCUUUGAUUUUUCACAUUGCUUUGCCAAGUACUUCUCAACACACUUUAAUGCCCAAAACCUGCAGCAAACAUUAAAUAAUGACAUCUCUGAUCCAUUACGUUUGUUGUUAUUUUGUCAGUACGCUUUUGGCUGGUGGUCAGUAGUCAGCACCUCCUAGUCUAGGAAGCAGACUUAAGCCCCAAAUGACAAAUAAAGCUGCCAAACUGAUCUUAGAAUAAUCACUUUAAGCUUUCCCCCCCUAAAUAUUAUCCUAACACUGGUUUGCGGUAGGAGAAUGCUGUCCCGAGUUUUAAGAAAAUCACUUUCGUAUGGAAGUCCAUUAGUGGCGGUUUUCACUGGGAGCUAUUGUAGUCGUCUGUGUUUUCAUCAGACAGCUGUGUGUAAAGUUGCUUCUCAAGCUGAAUGUGGCUUCAAACCUGCCAAGGUUGCGGUCGUGACUAAGACCACUCGCUAUGAAUUUGAGCAGCAGAGAUAUCGCUAUGCGGGGCUGUCUGAGGAGGAUCUUAAACAUCUGCUUGCCUUGAAAGGCUCGAGUUACAGUGGGCUUCUGGAGAGACACAAAAUACACACUCUCAGUGUUGGACAAAUUGUGGACAGUCUUCAGAAAGAAGGGAUAGAGGUGCACGUUGUUAAAAGAGGAGAGUAUGACGAGGACACAGUAAGAUGGGCAGAUGCCAUCAUCUCCGCUGGAGGUGAUGGCACCAUGCUACUAGUUGCCAGUAAAGUGUUUGAUAAAAACAAGCCUGUAUUAGGGGUCAAUACCGAUCCAGAAAGGUCAGAGGGUCACCUGUGUUUACCUGUACGCUAUACACAUGCCUUUUCAGAGGCCUUACAGAAACUCAGGAAGGGUGAGUUCAGGUGGCAGUGGCGUCAGCGUAUCCGAAUGUUUUUGGAGGGCACAGGUAUUAACCCCACUCCAGUGGACCUGCACGAGCUGCAGCUGAGCCUGGAGCAGCACAGCAAGGCACACCGCAUCACCACAGAGACCCAGCGCAGCACGACACAUGACAGCCUGGCAAGGCCACACCAACUCCCUGUCCGUGGUCUCAACGAGAUCUUCAUUGGAGAAUCCCUUUCCUCCAGGGUGAAGUAUAAAUCCUUCAACCCCCAUCUUACCCUCUCACUUCAUAGGGCUUCAUACUAUGAGAUCUCCAUCGAUGACGGACCAUGGGAGAAGCAGAAAAGCUCUGGAUUAAGCAUUUGUACUGGAACUGGAUCUAAAGCCUGGUCCUACAAUAUUAAUAAGCUUGUGGAGCAGUCAGUGGAAGAUGUCCUUAAAAUAGGUAAAUCAAAAACUGGUUUAGAUCUUCCUCUAAAUCAAGAGUUCAUUGAGAGUGUGACACAAGCAUACAACGAGUCUCUGAUCUUCAGCCCAGAGGAGAGCAAAAUGUUCUUCAGUAUAAGAGAGCCCAUUGUCAACAGAGUAUUUUACAGUAGCCGACAAAGAGGUUUUGCAAACAAGGUUUGUGUCCGCUCAAGGUGUUGGGAUGCCUGCAUGGUGGUAGAUGGUGGGACAUCCUUUGAGUUUAAUGAUGGUGCCAUUGCUACAAUCUGCUUAAAUGAAGAGGACCUGUUGCGAACUGUCAUCCUUGAUUGAAUCGUUUUGGUACUGUUGCUCAAUGAGCAUGCAUAUUUAUUGAGACUUAAGUUGGACAAUGCUAGAAUAAGUGCACAGUGGGUUCUUUCAGUUUGGACUUUUUUUUUUAUGGGACAAUUGUGUUUGCAAAUUUCAGGUAUUUCACACUGUAUCCUGUCCUUACAUGACCCUCUUGGUUGCAAUCAUCAGAAAUGUUUAAAUAUUUUUCCCUUGAUGCACUAAUACUAGAUUGAGUGUCACAUGUUGUAUCACAAUGUCAGCUAUUGGGUGUAUUCUAGAACGCUUUACAGUCCCUACUCAAUGAUAAAUCAGAAGCAUUACAGAAACAUUUUUAAUAUUUAGACUGUUUUGCUUAGUUAACAAAUUCAGAUGUAUGCUUUAUAAAGCACAAGCUCUCAAGGUUAUUUAUUAUACUUGAGCUUUUGUAUUUUUCCAAGUAUGUACAGAGGUACAUAUUAAAUUUAUAAGACAAUGCUUUAUUAAACUGCAACCUACUUGAGAGUUAAUGCGUUUCGGAAGUCCACACUGGAUGUGGGAAUACUGUUCCGACAGGUCAAAGAUUUUUCCCCCUUCAGGUGCUGGUUUGACGACAACAUUUUGUGUGAAACUACAUGUGGAUAUCCUUGCUGCUUCAUUAAAGUGUGUGCAUUAUGUUGUCUGCUGCAACAUUUAAUUCUAGAUUUGUUGGAGAGUAAACCGUAUGUGUUUUCUAUGUAGUGGUAGAUGGAGUAAUCAAGCAGACACCUUAACCCUUUCCCCGCCAAACACGGAGUUUUCCGGGUUUUAGGUGUUACACGGUAAGGAAGACCCCUCCGCAUGUUUUGAAAGAGUACGCAACUCUUUGAUCAAAGAAACGGACUGCGAUCGUCUCAAACAUGAAGUGGAGUAUGAGAAGCUCAAAAUAUCCGACGUAAACAUGCCUUUUUAUCAGCUUUUUGUCUGAAAUGUUGUUUUUUGACAAAACCUACCUCUGUUCAAGUCGCAAUAAAAAAAGA